CCAGGGGUAUGGUCACAUUGCGAGACAGGCACGCUCAGACAGACUGGAAGUCAGCUGUGAACCCAGACAGAGAGAGGGAGGGAGGGAGCUGAGGGAAAGGAGACCAGGGGACAGGGUGAUGCAGUCAUCAGGCAGUACUUCCUCCCAGGCGUCCCGCGAUUCGCUGAGCUCGAGUGACAGCUUCCUGUUCGGCGAGGACGACGGCGGCGUGUUCCUGGCGGUGCGGCGGCCCGGGGGAGCGGCGUGCUCGGCGGUGCGGGGCAGCGCCGGCAGCCCCGCCUCGCAGUGGGCCUGCGACGGCUUCAGCGACCGCGAGCGCUGCUCCCCGCCCGGGAGCGGCCCGGCGGAGCGCCGCUCCGGCGACGCCCCCUCCUCCUACUCCGCCCUGGUGUCGUCGUCGUCCUCGUCGUCCGGCGGGGCUCCGACGGAGGGGGACCACCUCUUCGCUCGGAAGUGUGUGGAGCUGCAGGGAUUCAUAAGGCCUCUGCUGGAGCUUCUCAACGGCCUUAAGAAGGGAAGAUUCGACAGAGGUCUGAGCAGUUUCCAGCAGAGUGUUGCCAUGGACAGAAUCCAAAGGAUUGUGGGAGUGCUGCGGAAGCCUACCAUUGGUGGGAAGUACCUCCACACCCUGCUACAAGUGGAAAUGAUGCUCAAACUGUGGUUCCCCCAGAUUACCCCCUGCGCCCCCUCCACCAGCGAGCGCUCUGCGCCCCCCCACGGCACCCCCCCACACAAGCACAGAGACCAGCUGCACAUCCCCGUCAAGAAACGGAGGCUCAGUUGGUCAGACACAGACUCCCCAGCCCCCCCGCCCCUCCGCUGUAAACGCUUUGACCGAGGGGGGCAGGAGGGAGGACGCGCGGGGGGGCCGGAGGGAGAGCGAGGGGCCGGCGGACACGCCAGACGCGCGGCGGAGCGCCCGGGCGACGCGGGAGAGGAGAGAGAGCGCGAGAGAGAGCGGGAGCACGGAGUCAUCAGCUGGUCCGAGCUGAGCACCACCUGGGUCCACGUCACCGCCAUCCUCAGCCCCCCGACGUCCUGCUCUUCCCACGACAGCAGAGGUGGGGGCGCCAAGGGAGGCCUCCCCGCCCGGGCCCUCUCGCCUCCCUCUGCCAGCGGCAGCCCGGCCACGCAGGACAGCUCCGUGUCCUCCACCACACCUUCCUCCGAUCCGCACCGUCUCCUCCCCCCGCAGUGCCAGCCAGUCGCCUGCCGGAGCCAGCCUGUUGCCACAGAGACAGAGGACUGUGAGGGCGGGGCCUCCGAGGCCCGGCAGGGGCGGAGCCAGUCUCUCCCACCCUUGCUGAAGCCUUUGAAUGGCGGGGGGAGAGUGAGAGUGCACAGUCCCACACAGACUUGAUGUUCGAAACACAGUGUUCUUAUGAGUUAUUGUUCCUAGAUGCUGUGAGUUUACAUGUGGCGAGUUGGAUCAUUACAAAUGCACUCAUUUAUAGGGAAUGGGGUGGGGUGAGGGGGGGGUUGUGAUGAUGAAGCAUUUCUGGUGCACAUUUUUCCUUUCAUUUUUCAUUUUUAUGAGUGUGCUUGUCUUCUGUGGGAUGUUCUAGUUUCGAAAUUCAAAGGACCACAAUAGGAACAUCAACGGUGACAAAAAUGAUUUAGAUUCGUCACCACGACAUCAUCAAAACAAAAGCAAUAUUACGACUAAUAUUUCACAGCAGCGUAUGAAAUAAAGAAAUGAAA